CAGGGAGUGAGUGCGAGAAUUGAUGGUCGGUUCGAGCACUCUCAUCGCCAUUACAUUGCAUUCAGUGAUACACUGAUAGACUGUGAGACUGAGGACUGGUCUCACAUCCAAUGCAUUGUUUGAGUGAUAUUUUGGUGGAUAUGUUGUGAUUAGUAUCCAAUUCAUUGAUUGUUUAGACAAUUAAAGACAUACGGAAUGAGUGUCGAGUGAUGGCUACUGUGGUAAUGGGCGCGAAAUGUUGGUCAGCGAUGUUGUCGGUGGUGGUGAUGAUGGCUGUGGUGAUGAUGGCUGUGGUGACUCCGGCGUGUGGUCUUCGGUGUCACUGCGAUAUCUGUCCGCAAGAGAUGAACCACACGUGCGAAACGGACGGCCUGUGCUUCGCAUCGACAUCGGUGGACGACAAGGAGCAGGUGAUCCACUCGUACAGGUGUGUCCACAAGCGGGAUCUGUUCCCUCCCGAGAACCCCAUCAUAUGCCAGCACUCGGACUCAUUGCUGUCGAAGUUUGUGAUCAAAUGCUGUUCAGACAGCGAUUACUGCAAUGCAGGCCUCAGACCCACUCUCUCGCCGCCCCUCAGCACUGGUAAGCCUUUCCAACACAUCUAUUAACACAAGUAUUUCUCUUCCUUCCUAUCAAUCGCUGACAACCAUUACAACCAUUGAUUCAAUUGAUUGAAUGGCUAUUGAAAUGACAAUGAAUUGAAACACAAAAACACGAACUCUUGUCUCACAUCACAUACUGUCAGAUGUCUGGAUAAAGACAAGAUGUUCCCCCCCGAGAACCCCCUUUGGUGUAAAUCACAAAUCUAUGUCUCAAACUCUGUCCACGACUGCUGCCAACACUCAGACUUUUGUAAUAAACACCUGCGACCGACUCUGCCAUCGCUGAACCAGUCAUCCACAGAAGUAUCUGAAUCGGGAAGUCUGGGCACAAUACAGACGGCACUGAUAAUCGCAUCGCCAAUAUGUCUGAUAUGUUUCAUAUUUAUGAUCGCGUUUACCAUUUGGCAACGCAGACAAAUCAGACAUCCCUACCCUCACGAUGUCGAGGGCAGUAUAGCCAGUAGAGACCCUUUGAUUCCAGUGCAACUCAAUGGACAGACACUCAAGGAUCUCUUAGAUCACACCACUUCCGGCUCAGGAUCAGGCCUACCACUUCUGGUACAGAGAAGUAUUGCCCGACAAAUACAGUUGAUUGAGAUCAUAGGGAAGGGAAGGUUCGGUGAAGUAUGGAAAGGCAAGUGGAGGGGAGAGGGGGUGGCCGUCAAGAUAUUCUCGUCGCGCGACGAGCGCUCGUGGUUUAGGGAAGUGGAGAUCUAUCAGACCGUUAUGUUGAGGAACGAGAAUAUUCUCGGAUUCAUUGCCGCGGAUAAUAAAGACAACGGGACGUGGACUCAGCUGUGGCUGAUCACUGACUACCACGAGAACGGGUCUCUGUUUGACUACUUGAGCAAAAUGACUGUCGACACGGCGGGGAUGUGCAAAAUGGCGUCAUCCAUAGCCAAUGGGUUGGCUCACCUGCAUAUGGAGAUAUGCGGCACUCAGGGCAAGCCGGCCAUCGCGCACAGGGAUUUGAAGUCCAAAAAUAUUCUGGUCAAGUCUAACGGCACGUGUGCUAUCGCCGACUUGGGGCUCGCAGUGCGCUUCGACUCGUCCACCAAUUCAGUGGACAUUCCUCCCAAUCCCAGAGUGGGAACCAAACGAUACUUAGCGCCAGAAGUAUUGGACGAAACGAUUAACUUAAAUCAUUUUGAUUCGUUCAAAAGGGCCGACAUUUAUUCGUUCGGUUUGUGUAUUUGGGAGAUCGCCCGGCGCUGUAAUGUCGGAGGAAUCUAUGAAGAAUAUCAGUUACCCUUCUAUGAUAUGGUUCCCUCGGACCCCACCAUUGAGGAGAUGCGGAAAGUAGUCUGCGGUGACCGACAACGACCUCAGAUCCCCAACCGGUGGCAGUCAUGCGAAGCGCUGCGAAUAAUGUCCAAGAUCAUGAAGGAGUGCUGGUACCACAACGCCGCCGCCAGACUAACGGCGCUUAGGAUUAAGAAAACGAUCGCCAAUUUGGGCGCUCAGGAGGACCUCAAGAUUUGAGCCAUCAUUUUAGACGCCAUUCAAACCCAUAUCCCAUUAAGUAAUGAAUUAUAUGUUAUAAAACGGACACAAAAGUGAUUUCUCUGUGUUCUGACGUUCGCUGUCAUUAAACCGUCGUUUCAUUCGUUUGAUUCUGUGGACAGGCCUUCAAUAUGAUGGCGAAGAAUAUGAUUUAAUCCAUAAUUUUAAUUAAACCCUAUUUUAAGGUCAACUCAAUUAGUAGACAAUAUUUUGCAUAAUUUUAAAGUUCAAAGUUUUUAUGUUUUUUGGCACUUUUUUCUUGUUUUCAAAACAAGUCAAUACUUUGUCGUCAUAUUUAUCUUUAUAUCAAAACAAACGAAUCAUUUGAUGUGACGAAUGAUAUACAGUAUAUUAUGUAAGAAAUUAUAAAUUAUAUAUAAUUUAAAUAUAAAUAAAAAAUCCCUG